UCCACUCUCUCCGCCAUCACACACACUACACACAAUCUCCCAGCUCACAGACACACUCACACACACAGAGCGAGCAUACAUAUCCAUGGGAAAGGACGUUGAGAGUGCGGAACCGGCGGCCGAGUACUCCGCCAAGGACUACCACGACCCUCCGCCCGCGCCGCUGGGCGACGGGAGAGCGGCGAUUGCGGAGUUCAUCGCCACACUUCUUUUCUUGUAUAUCACCGUGUUAACGGUUAUCGGAUACAAGAGCCAGAGCGACACCGCCCACGGCGGCGAUGAGUGCGGCGGAGUCGGCAUUCUCGGUAUUGCUUGGGCCUUCGGCGGCAUGAUUUUCAUCCUUGUUUACUGCACCGCCGGUAUCUCUGGAGGGCACAUUAACCCGGCGGUGACAUUUGGGCUAUUCUUGGCAAGAAAAGUGUCACUGAUAAGAGCAUUGGUGUACAUGGUAGCACAGUGCUUGGGUGCAAUCUGCGGUGUGGGUUUGGUGAAAGCAUUCCAGAAGUCGUACUACAACAGGUACGGCGGCGGAGCCAACGAGCUCGCCGCCGGCUACAACAAGGGCGUGGGUUUGGGCGCUGAGAUCAUCGGCACCUUUGUUUUGGUCUACACUGUUUUCUCAGCCACUGAUCCCAAGAGAAACGCCAGAGACUCCCAUGUCCCCGUGUUGGCUCCCCUUCCGAUCGGCUUCGCGGUGUUCAUGGUCCACCUAGCCACCAUCCCCAUCACCGGCACCGGCAUCAACCCUGCUAGGAGCUUUGGUGCCGCCGUCAUCUACAACGACGAUAAGGCUUGGGAUGACCACUGGAUUUUCUGGGUGGGACCAUUCAUUGGAGCUGCCAUUGCUGCAUUCUACCACCAAUACAUUCUAAGGGCUGCAGCCAUCAAGGCUCUUGGAUCUUUCAGGAGCAACGCCUAAUUGAGCAAUCAACGGAUGAGAUGAUUUUAUGGAUGCGUUUGCCUGAAAAUUGAUGGCGAAGAGGGCCAUUGCAUGAUCACCAUCAAACUGUAGAUAUAUUCCCGUGGAAUCGAUCCUUUUUUUUUUUUUUUUUUUUUUUUCUGUGCUUGUUUAAUUUCCAUGUAUCGAAGUUGCUUUUCUUUGUUUUGUUGCAGCAAGUGCUUGUAUGUAUUCAUCGAUCUUCUCAUGAUUUAAGGAUUUGUGUUUUAUGGUA